UUAACACAUGGCCACACCACCGCCUUAUGGAUCGGGCUCAAUAGGCUGGACGUUAAUGCUGGCUGGAGAUGGGAUGGUGGAAGUCCUUUUAGAUAUCUCAACUGGCUUCCAGGAAAUCCAUCGGAAGCAUCAGAUUGUGUAGCAUUGAAUGCUGGAAAAAACGCAAAGUGGGAAAACAAGGAAUGCAUUCAAAAGCUGGGCUAUAUCUGUAAAAAAGACAACAACAAGAGCUCUGAUGUCCCCUCUUCCGGAACCAAUGACCCCAUCUCUUGUCCCUACUCAUGGUCUCCUUAUAAUGGAUACUGCUAUUACCUAGUCCGUGAUGCUAAGAUAUGGAGGAAAGCCUUGUUAUCUUGUAACCGAGAAGGAGGCAACCUUGCAAGUCUGCACAAUAUUGAGGAAGCAAGUGCUAUUGCCUCCCAGUUUCAGUUUGGAGAUGCAGAAUAUGUGUGGCUUGGGUUGAAUGACUUGAAGAAACAGUUAUUUUUUGAAUGGAGCGAUGGGUCACCAGUGACAUAUACAACAUGGCAGAGAGGAGAACCAUCUCACUUCAGUGACGGACAAGAGGAUUGUGUGGCAUUAUCCACUAAGGACGGACAAUGGGCAGACCAGAACUGCGAAAAAAUGUUUCCAUAUAUUUGUAAAAGAGAUCCAUUGCCAAAUGCUAUAGAGGAAGUUAUCAAUAUGAACCCGGGAUGUGAAAAGGGCUGGAGUAGGCACGGCUACUACUGCUAUCUAAUAGGUGAAUCGCCUGGUUCAUUUGCAGAAGCUAACAGCUCGUGUAAUCAUAAUGGAGCCUUCCUGAUGACUGUGGAUGACAGGUUUGAACAGGCCUAUUUAACAAGCCUGAUUGGAUUUACAGCUGAGAAAUAUUUCUGGACAGGACUCUCUGAUACGGAGGAUAGGAACACAUUUACGUGGGCAAACAGGCAAAAAGUCUUAUACACGCACUGGAAUGCAGACAUGCCAAACAGAAGACAGGGCUGUGUUGCUAUGAGAACUGGAAAGAAAGCUGGAUUAUGGGAUGUUAUAAAUUGUGAGGAGAACGUUAAGUAUGUGUGCAAGAAGUGGGCACAAGGAGUGUCGACACUACCUCCACCAACCACCACAGCAGAACCAAGGUGUCCAAGUAACUGGACUUCAUCAAACAAUUUAUGUUUCCAGUUUUACUCUGAAGUAAAUUAUGAUAAAAAGACCUGGUUUGAAGCAAGAGAUUUUUGCAGAGCUAUAGGAGGAGACUUACUCAGUAUCACUAACAUGGAGGAUCAGGAGGCAGUGUCAAGAAUGAUAAGAGUAAGAAGUAAGGACACGGAUUUAGACUCCUGGUAUGGCGAAUACAAUGCACAUUUCUGGAUUGGUUUAUGGCGCAGUAAUCUGGAUGAAGGCUUCAUAUGGUCAGAUGGUUCGCCUUUGCAUUAUCAAAACUGGUAUUCUUGGGAUCCUGAUCACAAUGAGGAGGAGUCCUGCACGAUAAUUGAUGAUGCAUUAAAGUGGAACGAUCUAAACUGUGAUGCUUUAUUCGAAUGGAUGUGUAAGAUUCAAAAAGGAGCCGAAUUAAAGGAAGAACCCAAACCGAUUGAAUAUAAUAUUACAAGUGACGGCUGGCUUAUCUACAAUGACAGCCAAUACUAUAUUAGCACAGAAGAAAUGCCGAUGAAGCAAGCACAAGAAUUUUGUAACCACAAUUUUUCCCACCUUGUCACUAUUAACAGUGAAUCGGAGAGAACAUUUAUCUGGAAAUAUAUUAGAACCAAAAGAAAAGAAAUAGCGUAUUACAUUGGUUUACGUUUGGGACUAGAUAAAGAAUUUAAGUGGAUGGACGGUUCCCUAGUUGACUUUGUCGCCUGGGCGUUAAAUCAGCCUGACUUUGCCAAUGAAGAUGAGUCUUGCACAGAAAUGCUUACAGAACGAGGACUUUGGAAUGACAUAAAUUGUGGGUAUUCUAUAGCAUUUAUCUGUGAAAGGACAACCAGUUCCAUCCAUGCAACAUUUCCCCCGACUGUUCCUGCCCCAGAAGGUGGAUGUCCAUCUGGUUGGCUUUCAUUUGGACAAAUGUGUUAUGGAAUAUUUGGCACAGAAGAAGGUGAAGCCGUUCACUGGGAUAAUGCCAGACGCGAAUGUCAGUCCUUGGGAGGAAAGUUGGUCACCAUAAAUGAUGAUCUGGUACAAUCUUUUUUGAUGUCUAAUUUAAAAAAUGUCAAGGUCGAUGUCUGGAUCGGAUUAAACGACAAGAAGAAGAGAUAUAAGUUUGUUUGGACAGAUCAAAGUGGAGUGCUUUAUACAAACUGGGCCAAAGGUCAUCCACGGGGUUACUGGUCUACUGAGUGCGUGGCUUUGCAAGUUGGAAGCGUAUUGGACGCUGGAACCUGGAUCGAUCAGGAAUGUAGUUUGAACAGAGGAUACAUCUGCCAAAAAUAUAAGGAUCCAAGUCUACCGGUUAUCCCCACCACUCCUCCUGUCCAUAACCACUUUAAAUAUGGAGACACCCGCUACAAGUUUGAUAAAACCAAGAGAACAUGGGAUCAUGCCCGUCAGGAGUGCCUGAAGGAUAAUUCACAGCUGGCCAGCAUCUUAGACGAGUACACCACAUCUUUCCUUAAGCUCCGCUUGGUUAAACUUAAGAAGCCCUUUUGGAUCGGCCUAUUCAGUAGUAAUGAGACCAAAAAUACAUAUAAGUGGGUUGAUAACUGGAGAGUACGCUACACAAAAUGGGCCGCUGAGGAGCCACGUAAAAAUACUUCCUGUGUAUAUGCGGAUACUGAUGGAGAAUGGAAGACGUCGGCUUGUAAUGAGAGUUAUGCUUCCAUCUGCAAAGAAACAAAUGUUGUCGCUCCCACUGACCCACCUGAAAUGCCAGGAACAUGCCCAGACAAAACCUCAGAGGUUUGGAUUCCCUUCCGUAACCACUGCUAUCUUUUCCAACCAUCAUCCACCUCAAGCUGGCACGAGGCAACCUUCCAAUGUGUUCAAUAUGGUGCCCGUUUAGCUUCCAUUGAAGACUCAACUGAAUUAAAUUUCCUCCUUCGUCAUACUGAGUUGCUCAGUGACCAGGAUAGAGCAUUUUGGAUUGGACUUUACAAGGAUCUGGAAGACAGGUGGCUUUGGUUAGACAAUACACCCAUGGACUUUGUAAACUGGAAAAAUGAGGUCCCCUCUGAAGAUCUAUCUUCACAAUGUGUGAUGAUGAAUGCCAAAAAAGGAACAUGGGAUAUCUCAUGGUGCUCUGGACACCGUGGGUACAUAUGUAAGACAGUAAAAAAUCCGCUGCCAACAGAGACGCUAGUAGAGAAACCAGAAGAAAAGCCCUCACAUGGCUCAUAUGGCAGGACCAUUGUUCUGGUUGUUCUUGUCGUACUUAUCGUUGCCGGAAUCGCCACCGCAGUCGUCUUCAUAUACAGGAGGAGAAGGAACAAGCCACAACCAGAGAAUGGUUUCGACAACACAAUAUACUUUGACAGAAGUGGCGCGGCUGUGGCACGCGAGGAAAACGUCUUAGUGGAAAACAUGGAGCAAGAUGAUCACGUAAAUUCUUCAAUUAUAUGAAAUGGGACUGAUACCGGCGGUAUCGACUAGGACAUCAUCAAGGAAUGAAUAAGACUGACGCACAAUUACAAAAUGACCUCAAUGAUUAGAAAUGAGAGAAAAGUGAAUUAGAGAGGUUGUAUCAUCCCACCAUUUCUAUGGCGAGAUGGGUCUGGCGUCAGCCCCAGUUGGACAGGUUUACGGAAACAGCCGAGCGGAUCGGCGUUCUGCGGUUUACGUAACUCCCAUUGCAGUGAAUGUCAGUUACAUAAACAGAGUAGCAAGAUAAGUUCACCGCUUCCAUAACUUCCAAGAUAUGGAAACAUCCUAGCUUGCUGUGCUACGUUAUUUGUGUAGUUCCCAUUCACUGCCAUGGCCAGUGGAGUGGCCGCACGCUCAGCAAUUUCCGUAAACCCGGCCAAGUGAGGUCAGCCCCUUUAGUGCAAACUUAUAAAGUGGAAAUAAAUUCUUGUUGGCUGUUGUCAUAUCCAUAUAAUGAAGACAUUUGUAGCACAAAUAAAUUUUACUGGAGU